GAAUUAACAAACACGAAAGUGAAUAAUAUCACUACGAGGAGGAGCGCGCUAAGCGAGAUCGAUCUCCUCGACAGAAUCGACCCCGCCGUUCUCCCUACAUUUUUCCUACCCACCUGUCAUCCACACCGUCUUCGACUCUUCCCAAGUCCCCCAUCACCCUGGUACGGCUGAGUGCAGAUCACCUUCUUCCCCGUCAUGGUGCCGGCUGUUGAGACCGAGCCAGCGUCCACUAUCCUGUCCCUUCCUGCUGCUCCUGCGCUCUGAGCCAUGGACCCGUCCAACGCGGCCGAUCAAUGGGUCGCCACAGGCACCGGGAUUCUAGAAGCCCCAGCGAAUGAAGCUGAGGAGAUCCAAGAGAUCCAAGAGAUCCAAGUCUUCCGCAAGGAGGACGUACACCAGGAAUAUUUUUUUGAUCCGUGGGCCUAUGUCGCCAUCAAUGGCAAGACCUACGGGAAGGCGGUGAAUUGUAGCUUGAUCUUCGACACGCUCACUGCCCCAACAACCCGUCUCAUUCUUGAUUGUAGGGAGAAGUUCUUUAAAUCAGAAAUCGCUAUCGAGGGUAUCAUAGAGCGGGAUAUGAGCCCCAAGUACAACCCAGAGGGGUCCCGGUACUACCAUUUCUCGGUCAACAUCACCGGCCGUGAUAUUUUCAACUGGACUGUCCAACCUCCGAACUCUUACACCCUGCCUGCCUAUUUCAAUCCUCUGUCAGAUUGGGUUUCUGAUGAAAAGUGUCUCGUCAGCUUCGACGUUGGCCCAGUCCGGAUUUUCAAUUCCGCUGUGCCUAAGCUUCUCGACUCGAAGGCGGAGGCCGACCUCAAAGAAUUCUUUCACGACAUCCGUGAAGCCAAGCUGCAGAAUAAGCCGUUUCACUUCGAAAUUAUCACCCUAUACUUUGCGGAGGAAGGAGAGACAUAUGACAGCGUGAUGAAGCUCAUGGAGGAUAAAAUCAACAAUGAUAAGGCGGUGGAUCCGACCCUAUAUUGGAUCAAAAACUCCCCUAACGCGCAUAUGCUCCGACAAGAGAACAUCUUUGCCCCUCGAGAACGUCCAGCUCUCAGUGUUGAGAACCUAGUUAGGAAACUUCGUCGGACCCAACCCUCCCACCUUGACCUUAAGGUGCAUGCCGUGUACUGCGAGGUAGACGAGUGGCUUUAUGAGCGUGGGCUCGCUGCCGAGAUUGCAGCUGUAAAGUUCAUGGUCACUUUUGAAGAGGUUCCAGGAUCGGCUUUCAUGAUCAACAGAAAUGACAACAAGCUGCCAAAGAUGUAUAUCUCGAGUAUACGUUGGGAUAACAAGAAGAUGGAGCGUCCACGCCUAGGUGACUCUUUUGUUAUGGUCAUGCCUUUCAAGGUGCCAGACCCGCCCAAGUGCCUAGACGGUCCUAAGAAGCAACGUCCACCGCCACCUCGGGAUGAUAGGGAUGAGGACGAUGUCGUGGACCACGGGGACUACAUCACAGUUCGAGAAUCACGAGCCGAAUACUUCGAACGCAGUGAGCAGGCGCGAAUGGAUGAUCUAGAAGUCAAGCGCACUUUGUGGCAUGCUCGACUGCUCGAGUCUUCUGAGCUUAACGCUCCGGGCCAACCUCUCAUGAAAGUCUUUCGCCCUAAAGAACCAAAAUGGGAAGGCCUUCAUGACGCACCAACAGUCGGAACUGUUAUUCCUGCUACCGAAACUCGUAUUAGAAGCCUUGCACGCCGCAGACAGUAUAUUGCCAAGGACGCCCCACGCCACGCGGUUUACAUUAAGAAGACCCUAUCUGACCAGACCUACAAGGACACGCUACGAGGACUAAAUGAGCUGUUCGAAAAAUACAAGGAAGAUCUCUCACAGACUGUUCUGCGCCACCAUUUAGUGGGUUACCUUACUGAUGGCAACGUGGACGCGGUCUUCCCGCCGCUAGAUUUUUUCAGUACUUGUGUCCCGGACUACAAAAGGUUUGCUGCGAACCUCACCAAGUACCAACGCGACCGUUUUUUCCAGGCUGCACAGGUUCAACAUGGCGUUAUGCUUGUCGAGGGGGGGGGCUGCUUCCGGUAAGACACGUC